AAUCAAAUCAAAAAAAAUGAAACAAAAUAAAUCAUCAUCACUUAUAAAUAUAUUAUUAAUAUUAAAUAUCUCAAUCUUACAAAUUGAAGCUGCAAUUCAUGAAUAUAAAAAUGAACAUUUCAGUCCACAAUUAAAUGCAUUUUUAUUUCAUGGCGGUAGUGAAGGUUUAUUUGCUUCUAAAUAUCAUUUAGAAGAUAAUAAUAAUAAUAAUAAUUUUACUAAUUCUGUUUCUGAAAGUAAACCACUUGAAGGCAAAUCCUUUAUCAGGUUUGAAAGUGUAACCUUCAAGAGGACUGAGGAAACAGCAAAGAGUCAAAAUGCAAUGCAGAGUAAAACUGGAUUAGUCGAAACUAUUGUAUUUGAGGUGAAAGAUACUGAAAGAAUUGGGGGCAAAUUUCUAAAAAGUAAUUCUAAUGUCCUGUGUUGCGAUCCGAAGCUGGCUGCAGAUGGUUCUUGCACAGUAGGAGAGGUCAUUAUCAAAAAAGAUGAAAACAACCCUGAGUGGCCGAAGCGCAUCCACACCUUCUUUGCAGGGAAAGAGCAAGAAGCAAAAAUGCCUGCUCAAUCCGUUGAGAUAAAUAAGACAGGAAUGUAUUAUCUCUAUUUUAUGUAUUGUGAUCCAGAACUCAAGGGUACAACUGUUACCGGCAGAACCGUGUGGCGGAAUCCAGAUGGUUAUUUGCCCGGAAAGAUGGUCCCACUCAUGACUAUAUAUGGAGUCAUGUCUUUGGCUUAUCUUGUCCUCGGGCUGGGUUGGUUUUUAAGGUUUGUUCAGUUCUGGAAGGACAUUAUGCAGUUACAUUAUCAUAUCUCAGCUGUAAUUGCACUCGGGAUGUGUGAAAUGGCAUUUUGGUAUUUCGACUAUUCGAAUCUUAGUGUAACUGGAAGUAGGCCCAUGGGUAUUACAGUGUGGGCGGUAACCAUUAGUGCCUUCAAGAAGACUCUUUCUCGGUUACUGCUUUUGGUAGUUUCAAUGGGAUAUGGUGUGGUAAGGCCUACACUUGGUGGUGUGACCUUAAAAGUGUUGAUUCUUGGUGCCGUAUACUUUGUUGCUUCAGAGGCACUUGAGCUUGUUGAGAACUUGGGAAACAUCAACGAUUUUUCUGGAAAGACCAAACUGUAUUUGGUAUUGCCUGUUGCUUUCUUGGAUGCGUGGUUUAUUUUAUGGAUUUUCUCAUCUUUGUCCAAGACACUAGAGAAGCUUCAGAUGAGGAGAAGCAUCGCUAAACUGGAGGUUUAUAGAAAAUUCACAAAUUCCCUUGCACUUUUUGUGCUACUCUCUAUCGCUUGGAUUGGCUAUGAGCUGUACUUUAAUGCAACUGAUCCAAUAAGUGAGCUAUGGCGUAUCUACUGGGUUAUUCCUGCUUUCUGGUCGCUGCUUGCCUUUUCUCUGUUGGUUGUGAUAUGCAUCCUUUGGGCACCUUCUCGCAAUCCCACUAGAUACACGUAUGCGGGGGACACAGGAGAUGACUAUGAUGAGGAGGCAAUAUCUCUUACAACUGGAGUGAAAGUGGAUGGUGGUGAAGUUGGAACGGUGAUGGAAAGGAAGGAAAAGAAAGGUCUUGGAUCAACAGAUCAUCUUAUUGGGCUGACAGAAGAUCUAGCAGAAGACAAACGAGAAUGAGCUUUGGUUUGCUUGGUUGAUUCUUGUAAAUUUCUUGUUGUGUAUGUAUAAAAACGUGCCUAACAUACGGUUGCCCCCACAAGGCUUUUAUGCCUUUCCUGUUUCGAGUAUGCAACAGAGUUGGAACUUUCUUAACGAUGAUAGAAAGUGUACUUGUAGUUAACUGCCUUUAUGAAGGUUUUACUACACAGAAAUGAGAAAAUCAGUCACUUUGCAGUGUUA